CACUUCAUUCAUCUACGUCCUGGUUUCGAGGCAGUGUCAGAAGCCUGAAUCCCACCCUGUGCGCCAACUUCAUCUUGCAACAGUCUCACCGCCAUGCCCAAAGUAGUCUCCCGGUCGGCUGUGUCCUCGUCUACUGACGCCCAGCCAACCGCAUCUUCUACCGCCGCAUUGCGCGUUUACUACUGCCUAUGCGGCGAAUUCAUUCUUGUGAUUGAUAAAGGCUUAGCCAGUUCGCCCAGACGUCAAACCGAUGGGGCAACAGUCGUUCAAUGCCAAGAUAGCAAUGUCGGCAAAGCCAGGGUCUUCAAGCUGAAUGCAACGCUCAAGGAUGCCAUUCUGGUCGAACGCCAAGGCGGCCAUGAGAAGCAGUACAGGUUUCAUUGCCCACGCUGCGACUUGCAGAUUGGGUACCAGUCGACGCCACCUCCGAUGAAGUCCGGACCCUACGUGUACAUCGUCAAGGGGGCUCUAAGCCAGAUACAAGGUCAGGUCCCUCCAGAUGCUUUUGCAGACGAAAAUCUUGUUCGCUCGUGACUGGCUCCAUAAUGCUCAGCCUGUCAAGCGUUACCAGGCGUACUCUUGUAGUGCUUCAAUAGCCUGGCUACUCCCCUUGUAUUCUGCAAAUUAAUUUGAGCAACAGUCUCGCACUUCUGUGCCUCCGUUGUCUGGACAUAUUCGUUGCGCGAGUCGUUGCGCUGAAGGCUGGGAAUGUAUAGAGCAAUUAAUGUGUACGCAGACGGCAUGUGUCGCGUCCAGAGUCCUCUUUCUCUUCUCUUUAGCAAUAGAGCAGUACUCUGCACAUGUAGUGUAGUUUGCUCGCUGCUGUCUCGUCUCCCAAAGCUUCGCGCCCACUGCCGUCUUCACGCCCACGUUCACCACGACCGAUUUUCUACAGCAGCACGGUAUGGACGCCGGCGCGCUUCACCAAAUUGAGCC